AUGACACCAUGUAACUACGAUUUCCUCGAGAAGGGCGUGCCGUGCGUGGUUGGCAUGGAGGUGUACUUCAGUGACGACGGCGUUGGUGCCGUGGUGGAGUGGGUGGCAGCGCUGCGUUGGGGUUUGUCAUCCCGUCGGGGAGCCCUGCACAGCAACAGAAAGCGGAGCGGCGUGGCCUCAUUGAUGCUCCCACACUGCUACCUGUAG